UUGUUGCUAUUGCUACUUAAGAGUUGCUACUUAAGAGUAUUCCUCAUUAGGAAAGGCAAAAAGGCAAAUAAGGAUUCAUACGACUCUAUCGUAACCCUGGGAUACCCGAGAGACCCGAGUCGGCAUUCAACUUGGCCCAUACCUAUACUCCCACCUAGGUCCUAGCUAGUGAGUUGCCAGACUUGAAAAUGCCUACCCUAGCUAGAUCCAACUCGUUUAUAUUCCCGGAUCUGGACUUUACAUUGCGCCGUCAAUUCAACAAAACUAGCUUUCGUCCAUUCCAACGCGAGAUCAUACAAGCUGCGCUGGAUGGUAACGAUGUCUUCGUCCAAGCAGCGACGUCCUUCGGGAAAAGUUUAUGUUUUCAGCUUCCCGCUGUAGUAGACCAAGGCAUUACUAUCGUCGUAUCGCCGCUGCUGAGUCUUAUGAUGAAUCAGGUGGAAGCCCUUCGAGCUGCCGGAAUUAACGCUAGCUCAUUAAACAGUAACACGCCUCCGAUAGAGAAAGAUCGCAUUAUGAAUGAUCUCAAGACCGGUCACCCCCGGACUCGGCUACUCUAUGUAACUCCUGAGCUCUGCGCUCAAGACCGUUUUCGGGACAGGUUAAAAGUAGUUCACCAACAACGAGAACUUGCACGUAUUGCUAUUGACGAGGCGCAUUGUAUCUCGGAAUGGGGCCAUGACUUCCGUAGGGAUUUCAAGAGACUAGCAUGGUUUCGAGAAUCAUUUCCGGACGUACCUAUUAUGUGCCUGACAGCAACAGCUAACAUCCAGGUACGCAAUGAUGUGCUCACUACUCUUAGAUUAGAUAUGAAUCCGGAGAGGGUGAAGACAUUCACAAUGACUGCCCACCGACCAAAUCUCCACUUUGAGAUUCGAUUUACGCGUGAUGAAGACGAUCAGCGCUUAGACGACUUCCUCGGGUGGAUCCGCGGUGUAUACCAACGCAGAGCCCAAGAUCCACGGAAAAGUGAGCUUGCCGCUAUCGGCGAGCGAGCUGAAAAUGUUCCUGGCAUUAUCUACACUAUUUCACGAGAUGAGUGCGAGAAUCUUGCCUCGCAGCUUAGAGAGGAGGGCAUUGGUGCCCAACCGUUUCACGCAAAAUUGACCAAAGAAACCAAGGAACGUGUUCUUGCUAAAUGGGUAUCUAACGAACCCGGAUAUGACAUAAUUGUAGCUACAACCGCGUUCGGCAUGGGCAUUGACAAGAACAAUGUCCGGUUUGUCGUUCAUUGGAGGCUGCCUAAAUCCUUCGAGGGGUACUAUCAAGAAGCCGGGCGAGCUGGGCGUGACGGAAACGCGGCAUACUGCUUUCUCUAUUAUAGCCGCGAAGAUAGGAACCGAGUUAGCAGCCUAAUUGUGCGAGAUCGCAAUUCGGCAUCGAAUUCCAAUUUUCAGGCACGCGCCAAAAGCCUACAGGCUCUAGCGGAAUACUGCGAGAGCACGAAUGCCUGCCGCCAUAAGCUGAUUUGCAAAUAUUUCGGAGAAGAUCAGACUCCGACAUGUGAUUAUGCGUGCGACUGGCAUAAAGACAGCGUCGAUCUUCAGCGGCGGUUCCUCAGGGGACUGGCAAGUGAGGAGUGGGUCAGUACGCAGAGAGAAGAAGGGGCCUAUGAUGUAGAUUGGGAUGAAUGAUACGUAUAAAGAAGCUUUACUGGUGGAAAAGGUCCGAUUCGUGGUACAGCCGCUACGUUGGGCGCUUGAAUAGAAGCAAAUCAAUCGGCAUACCGCAUACCUUAGGUACCUGGUACUGAAGCUGUUAGUACUACCUAGGGGACCUUACGCAUGCCAUGUUGCAAUUCCUCCAAUUCCUCCAAUU